AUGGAGAAGAGUUUUAUAUGCAACAUUUGCCAGCUGUUUGUUGAAAUAAAUCUAGUUGCUUGUCUUUCCACCUUGCUCUGUGAUGCAACAACUGAGAACAAGAACAGAGAUAAAACAAAAAUGAACUCUCAAAAGGUGCAGAUAAAUCAGUGUGAUAUGAAAACAGAUCUGAACUUACUGCUUGAAUGCCUUAAAUAUCAGAUGGACUGCCCUCUGUCUCAGAAGGAGGCUUUGAUCACUAUCUAUUCCAUUUGCCAACAAAACAGUGAAGCGAGCGAGUACUUUCGAGAAAUUGGAGGUUUGAUGUUUAUAAAUGACCUUGCCAAGUCGAGUGCUCAUUGCAUCGUAAAGGAAGCAGCUUUAUUUACAUUGGGGAUUAUUAUAGAGAGUAAUGUGUAUUGUCAACAGACUUUGUGUACUUCUGCCUUGUUUGAAGACCUCAUUUUAUUUUUAAUUAAAAAGGAUUCUGGUGUGAACUUGAAAAGAAUGUCUGUGUAUGUCAUCUUAGUACUGGUGUCAAAUAAUAAGAAUGGGCAAACCUGUGUCAGAGACACAGGCUGCAUCAGCCUGCUGCUGCAGUUGUUCAGAACAACUCUCUCCAUGUCUGAGAAGAAUCUGUCAGAUGAAACCUCUGAUCCCUGCUAUCAGCUCUGGUGCUCAGUGUGCAGCACUCUCUGUGCCUGUGUCAACAACCCCCAGAAUGAAGAUAAUCAAAACAUUUGCUGUUCGGUUUUUCCCUAUGCCAAAGAGUGGCUGGAGAGUUGCACAGAGCCUGAGAUAGUUCGUCCCAUCUGUUCAUUUCUUGGUCUCACAGUUGCAAAUAACUCAUAUGUGCAGAAAUAUUUUGCUUCUAUUGGAGGAUUGGAUACAUUAGCCAAAGUUCUCCUUGAGCUUAUGCAUGAUUCUUGUUUGAGUCACUCCAGCAUGAAGCUUGCCGUGGUAGUAACAAAGACUCUGGAUGCCUGCAUUGCUACUAACUCUGCCAUGGGUGUUGUCUUGGCAAAGUAUCACACUGUGUCAGAGCUGCUGAAGCUGCUGUCUAAUGAGACACUGAGCACAGGAGAAAAAAUCAGUAUUAUUCUAACAAUUGGACACCUUACUGAAGUUUGUGAAGAGAACCAGUGUGAGCUGCUGCAGAACAAUGGUCUGCCACUUAUGAUUCAGGUAUUGACAGAAUCUCAGGACGAGGAACUCAUCAAAGCUGCUACUUUUGUGCUGCAGAACUGCAAACAAAUGACUGAACAGUUGUCUCUGAAAUUAUGUGAUAAGUCAUUAAAUGUGAACAAUGCAGAAGAAUUGGAUGUGCAAGUCAGAAAAAGAUGUCUGCAAGACUACUGGAAGAAAGCAAAAGAAAUUUUACACAGAAUAAACUCAAUUGAAAAACAGCACGAUGAGGAAAGAGUGCAAGGAGAAAUAUUUGUAGAUGAAUCUUCAGUAGCCAAUUCUGAAGCAUUAAAAUCCCAUGAAGUGAAACCUGUUGAUCCAAAGAAAUACACAGAAGGAACACAGAAAGUCGUCUUUUGUCCACAGUUGACCUCAAAGUUGAAUAAUCAGGUUCUUGCUCCAUCUGUAACUUCUGCUCCACCAAAAAAUGAAACAGUGAAUGCUAUGGAUGCAGCUUCUACCAGACAAACUGAACAGAGGAACAUUCCAUGUUCAGUCACUGAGCUGCAAACAGACAGUGUACCUCAAACUCACAAUGUAAAUGGGAAAACUGCUUGUGGAAAAAGUCGCUCUGGUCUUCAGGCAGGUGAACAGUUAUUUAAACAACCAGCAGAGACUGUUAGAAAUAUGAAACAGACGUGUACAUCAGGUCAACAUUCAUUCUGCUCAGAGAAAACUGAGAGAAUCAAAAGUACUUCAGCUAUAUCUUCAUCCCAUAAAAUGGCAGAUUUAAGGUGUUUAGGUUGUACAGCAGGGGGACUGUCCUUGAACAGCAGAACCUUCACCAAGAUGUUGCAGAGAUGCCUGCACAGGUGUGAGCACCACAGAGUUAUCCUGGAGGCUGAAGAAAGAUACCGAGGGGAGCUCCGCAGGGUGGCUGCUGGUAACAACAACAGAUCUGCCACUCACCAGAAAAUGCCGCUGGCCUCAGUGAAGAAAGACAGGCUGCAUAAAGAAAUACCAACUUUCAGGAGCAAGAAGGACAGUUUCCAAAGCAUUCUUUUGACUCCAAAUAGAAAAGACAAAUCUAAUACUUCAAAAAGAGAUGAAUAUAGUAGAAAUACUAGGUGGACUAGCAACUAUAACUUGACACCUGCUUAUGAAAACUCUUUACAAAAAUCCCAAGAUGCUAACCAGAGGAGACAGAGAGUCAAAGAGAUGUGCAGCCAGAAAUGUCAGCAUUUAAAAGAAAAUUGCAUACCUUCACUUGACAAAGAUGAGGGCAAUGAAAUGUGUUCCCUGGCCAUGAGCAUGAGACCUCUGAACAAGAGAAGAGUCCGAAAAGAUUUCACAACUGAAGAAAUCAACUGCCUUUUGAAAGGUGUCCAAAAAAUGGGCAACCACUGGAAUUUGAUUUUGUGGUCCUACCCUUUCCAGAAGGGACGGACGAGCGUUGACCUUUCCAAGAAGUACUACAGGUUACAGGUGCAGAUGAAAAAAGCCCACAAAGGACAUCAAUAA